AUGGAGAAUAUCAUACCCAUUGUCGUAACCCCUGUUGCUAUGGUUGUUCCAUCUGUGGCGUCGACUGGUGAUUCUACAGUGGCUCCUACAGUCGAGUCUGCAAUGCCUAAUUCCUGUCGUGAUAUUGUCCUCUACCAGUCGGCGGUUAGUGGUUCUGCACAUUCCCCAAGUUCAGAGUCGACCCCGUCUCCCCCCUCACCUCAAGUCAGUCAGAAACCUCGUACGUUUCUAGGUAAGGCUCCUCCUAUCUCUAAAAAGGUUCGUCCUACACUGUCAUCUCCUUCCCCACCUGUGUCCAAACGAGUCACUCGCUCUUCGUCAAGUCACCAGUCUCCCUCGAAACCUGUAGGCCCUCCUCGUCCUCCAUCUAAGGUCUCUAUUCCUACCCCAACUAGUGAACGUGUUCAACCCAAACGAAAAUCCUCUUCUGACACCACGUAUCAUCCACCUGAAAAGAAAUCCAAGAAAAAACCCACUCCAGUUGCCUCUACAGAAUCAUCUCCUAAACGGUCAUCUAGAGCCUCUGUCUAUCAACGGUGGUUUGGCAGUCGUGAGCUUUGGUUCGAACAAGUGGUAAUAUUAGAUGAUUUUCCUAAACUGCAUGAGUUUUUAAAACUUAGGAAAUGGGUCAACACGGUCACUAACUUGUCUGCACCUCAUCCCAUAUUAGUUCGAGAAUUCUAUGCCAAUCUUGACAGAACUGUUAUUGCUGAGGGUCAUCCAGGGUGUGUGAGUGCCUUUGUUAGGGGUCAUAGAGUUCCUUUUGGUCCAUCUACUAUUGCUUCCUUAUUGCAAGUUGAGUCCAUCAGGAAACCAACAUAUUGGAAACACUUCAAUCCAGAUCAAUCUUUGAUGGGUCGAGUGCUAACUGGCAGGGAUGACUAUAUAUGGGACAAACAGGAAAUUCUGGUCACUCAUCUGACUCCAUUCUAUAGGAUUCUUCAUCGGGUAGCCUUGUACAAUUGGUUUCCUAAUUCUCAUUUGUCUGCUAUUACACUUGAGAUUGAAACUACUGGCACUCGUAACAAGCUACCGUUUCCAAGUUUAGUUCAACGAGUUCUUAUGGAUGCUCACCCUCCUCUCACAACACAUGAUUAUCAAGUUCAGAAUCCGGUUCUCAGUAAGAGCUUUCUCUCGGUGGUCAACAGGAAGCCUUCUUCAACCACUCCCUUAGGAUCCAAAGUGAGUAAAGGCAAGUCUCCUAUGUCCAAAGGGCUUUCGGAUUCCAGCUAG